AUGGAUGGUCAAGCCAAGAGGGAGCAGAGGAUCCGGACAGAAGCAGAGGCUACCUUAGCGGAGCAUCUAGCGAGACUGGAUGCAUCACCAGAUUCAUUGGAAAGUGUCAUGGAGCAGCUGGAAGACCUGGAGCGAGGGGCCAGGCUGACGUCCGACGCUGUAGCAACUCCAAUUUACGCAGCUGGGCUUCUUCAAGCUCUUCUGGAGGUGGGAAAGGUCGAGGACGCUAUCAACCUCUUUGGGAACCUGAUCAGACGGCGCUCCCAGACCAACGAGGCCAUCGUCCGAUGUGGGACCGUGUUGGAGGAGUACCUACAAAAGAACUACGACGACCAAUCUGACUAUUCUACGCUAGAGCCAUUACUACAAAAGUUUACUGGGAUCAUCGGGCAUUUGAUUGUUGUUGAGGCCAUAAAUGUGAGACAAUCGAUCAGGUUACUUCGCAUGUACCGUAGAGCAGGAGAGCGUAACGGUGCGCUAAAGAUAGCUGAGACUCUGUCAGCGGAUGUCGCCGCUACUCUUGCAUACAUUGAGAGAAUAGAGUACACCCUUGAGCAGCUAGAUGUUGCUCUUUACUUUAGAGAGCUUGUACUGGCCGAGAUAAUUGUGAAUCGCAUUAAGGAAAAGACACUGAAGGCUACAACAGCAGCGGUGUACCGUAAAGGUGAUUUGGACCUGGGAGUUCGUCUUAGUCUUGCUCAGCGACGAUACUACAUAGCGAGAUACCUUAUUGCACUCGGAGACAAGCGAAUGGAUGCACUCUGCGAGGCGGCAUGGGCAGCUGCAUCAACGUAUCUAGCGGUGCUAGACAGACCCGAGUUAAACAAGGAUUCCCAGCUCUCAAAUGAUGACCUCAUGAAAUGCUCUACACUCCUUUCGACUGCCGCUAUUGCAGGUCUUCUUGCUGGGUUCUCUAAGGUCUCCGGUGUCGUGAAGCAAAUGAGGGCUUCGACCCUCUAUGCCGAGAAUAUCUUUUACUGCACGCGGGCUCACAGGUGUGUUUCCUCCCUCAUACAUCCAUUUGCAAAGUCUAUCUUCAGGUCUCCCCUGCAUCCCUGGCAGAAGAUUGAGGAAGACUUUAAGGAAGGCCGGGUCUGUCCUGCCACGGCAUAUAUUCCGCUUCCUCAAGACCUAGCCUAUGAUGCUAGUAAUCUAAAGCAGGACACCUACACAGCAAAGAUAGAGUUAUUUUCGCCAUCAUUGUUUUCCAGUGUCUACGAAAGCGUUUGUUCUGAUUAUGAGGCUAUGACAGAUACCGAAAUAGAACUCACAUGGGGGCUAUGCAAGUCCUCUUACAUAGAGGAGUUUGUGGCUCAGAUAAUGCGCUUUUAUAACAACACAACGAUUGAUAACCUUGCACAAUUGGUUGGCUGCGAUCCCAUAGACGUUGAGCUUGCUCUGGUUAACUAUGAUGGGUACUUGGCCAUUGACCGUCCACAGAGGACCAUCCAAAUGAGCAAGCCCCUUUCUAACAACGAACAGCUCUCCCAAUGGCUUGAACAUACCCGCAAAGCUGUCAUAAACAUAGCGAAGAUCUCACAGCUGCUUGAGAUGGACAUUCGUCUCAGUUAA